UCUAAAAUCCUGCAUGGUUAAUAAUAAUUCAUACUAAAGAUGUCUGAUCGCAAGGCAGUGAUUAAAAACGCUGACAUGUCUGAAGAGAUGCAGCAAGAUGCUGUUGAUUGUGCUACCCAAGCACUUGAAAAGUACAAUAUUGAAAAGGACAUUGCUGCAUAUAUAAAGAAAGAAUUUGACAAAAAAUAUAAUCCGACUUGGCAUUGCAUUGUUGGCCGCAAUUUUGGAAGUUAUGUUACACAUGAAACGAGGCACUUCAUAUACUUCUAUCUGGGCCAGGUGGCCAUACUGCUAUUCAAGAGCGGUUAAUUUUAAUUGACUAUUGCACAUGUCCCCUUCCA